UUCCCAUGGAUUCAGUAAUUCUAUUGUUCACCGGGAGCAUUGGCAUUUUCACUUUUACCACCAACAAAUAUCUAAUAAACUAACAACGUUCAUCCUCUCGCUGUCGUCAACAUUUAUGUAGAUAUUCAAUAGUCGUAGGAAAAAUAUUUUUCUCGUCCAUUUCCUUUCUUCUUUUAACAUUUUUGUUUAAGCUUUUUGUUGUUGUUUGGUGUGUGUUGGCUUCUUACAAUUACUUGGCUUGUUAGUUGGGUAUUGAAGGAUUUGGAAUAAAUUUACUUUAGAUAGUUUGUAUUUAAAGUAGAGUUUGUAGUGAGGGAAUAUUGAAAGUUUUUUUGUUUUUGGGUGGAAAAAUUAAUUUAAUAAACACAAAUUUGAACUUGAGGAUUUUUUAAUUUAUCUAUGAUCAUAUUAUUUAUAUUUACCUAUAUUAACAAUUUUGAGGGUUUCCCUUCUGUUGGAAAAUCAACUUUACUUUCAAAUAUUUCUGGUGUGCAUUCUGAAGUAGCUGAUUAUGAAUUUACAACCUUAACUACUGUCCCAGGACUUAUAAGAUAUAAGGGAGCUAAAAUUCAACUUUUGGAUUUGCCUGGAAUUAUUGAAGGGGCAAAGGAUGGAAAGGGUCGAGGACGGCAGGUUAUUGCUGUUGCCCGAACUUGUUCUCUAAUUUUAAUGGUUUUGGACGUUACAAAACCUUUGAGACAUAAAGAAUUAUUGGAAUAUGAAUUGGAAGGUUUUGGAAUUAGAUUAAAUAAAACCCCUCCAAACAUUACCUUUAAAAGAAAAGACAAAGGAGGAUUAAAUUUAAAUUGUGUGGUCCCUCAAUCAGAAUUGGAUUUGGAUACCGUUAAAGCAAUUUUAGCCGAAUAUAGAAUUCAUAAUGCAGAUAUUACACUUAAAUACGAUGCUACAACUGAAGAUUUAAUUGACGUUAUUGAAGGAAAUCGUGUUUAUAUUCCUUGUAUUUAUGUUUUAAACAAAAUAGAUCAAAUAACAAUUGAAGAAUUAGAUAUUCUUUAUAAUAUCCCUCAUUGUGUGCCUAUUUCUGCACAUCAUAAAUGGAAUUUUGAUGAUUUAAUGGAGAAAAUAUGGAUUUAUUUAAAUUUAAUUAGAAUUUAUACAAAACCAAAAGGUCAAUUACCUGAUUAUGAAACUCCAAUAGUUUUGAACGCUGAUAAACGAAUAAUGGAAGAUUUGUGUAUGAAAAUACAUAAAUCGCUUGCUAAAGAUUUUAAACAUGCUCUUGUUUGGGGCAGAAGUGUUAGACAUACACCACAAAGUGUUGGAAAGAAUCAUCUUUUGGAAGAUGAAGAUGUUGUUCAAGUUAUUAAAAAAUAA